AUUGCUUUGUUUGUUGUUGGUAUCCUUGAUGUUGUUCCCCACGUCUGUGCUGUGGUGAGGCAACUUCAAUGUGAUGAUCGCAUUCCAGACAUGCCUUGGACAUGAUAUGGAAGUACCCUUGGAAUUCAUGUCUCAUAUGCCGAUGUGUUUGGCCCUUAUUAAAUAAUCCCUGUCUCCAACAUUGAGUGCCCAUUAGCACUUAUCCCUGUACACUCGGCUCUCAUCAAGAAGGAUCUUUGGAAUCGCACCUUGGUCAUAUACCAAGUGGCACCCCAACUAGGACCCUGAAGAAAACCAACCAACAAAGCGCCCUAAGGCAACAAAAGAUGCCCAACGGCACACAGCAAACCCCACCCAACUCCAAAACCAAUAAAAACCCCCCUUGCAAAUGACUAUACCAAAGAAAAUCACCAACAAAGGUACUGGAAUGCUGACAGAAAGCACCUUACCCUCAGCGAUGAUUGCUACCACACAUCAAACUAGGAGAUCAAACCUCUCCCAGGAAGACAUCGAGGUGCUACCAAGUACCAUUAAAAACAUCGAAAAUGCAGAAGAAUACCUAAACAAAAACCUACUGUGCCAUGUUGAUGAACCGUUUACACUAACCCACUUAAUUUCAGUACUGUUCCAUAUCACCCAACUCAAGUCAAUUCCCCUACCAGCAGUAGAAGCCAUUAGAGUGGUAGUGUACAUAAUGAAAAAGCAUGAAGCAAAUGAAAUAGCGGAAAAUAUAACUAAUCAAAUCACUAACAACCUCUCUCCCAGAAUCGCAGAACAUGUCAUAGUGGCAAUUGCCCUGCAUGUAGCAAAGAUCUUAUCAACAUUGGAAGGCCUAGACAAUAUGUUGAAAGAAGCAGAAAGAUUAAAAACCAUGCUGGAGAGGGAAAAAGAAGAGAAAAGAGAUGAUAUGGCGACAGUGGCAGAACACUUCAAAGAAGUGGCAGACACCCUACACAAAUCCAUGAACAACUGUAGCAAAACAUUGAAAUCCUUCAAACCAAACCUCAUCAAGGCCCAGGAAUGCAUCAAUGAGUUAUCCCAGCAACUCACAUCCAACCCCAACACAUCCCAGACCACCAACAUGCCAUCCACCACCCAACAGCAACAACAACAACAGCAGCAACCUUCAUACAGUUCAAUUACCACAGCCAACCUCCCACCAUCAAUAGACAAAGCUGUAGCAAGAGCAGCGCUUUGA